GCGGGAGACAGGGGUCGCCUCUGGGCGGGGCGGAGACUGGCAGGUCUUCAACAGAACGUGUGAAGUUAUCUCGAAAGUUGCUCAAUUUACUACUAUCUAAUUAUUCAAAAUGGGGAAGCUGGUUGUCAUAGCAUUUUUUGUUGCUGCUUUAUCAGCAUUUCUUGGAGAGAGAAUUAUUAACUUAAGGAAAAGGACUCUUGCUUCCAGAAAGCUUGUCCAAACCCACCUCCCAAACUGCCAUCCAAUCAAAAGCCUUGAGUACGGAUCAGAGGACCUCACAAUACUUCCCAAUGGACAUGCUAUUAUUAGCACUGGCUUGAAGGAUCCUGUAUUGCCAUCCUAUUCAGAUGACCCUGGAAAGAUGUACACCCUUGAUAUGAGUGAAGAUUCUAGGAUGAAACCAGUGGAGCUCCGCAUGGGGAGAGGCUUUGACCUGGACUCCUUCAAUCCACAUGGAAUCAGUGUAUACACAGAUGAGACGGAUAACUCAGUGUACCUGUUUGUGGUCAAUCACCCUCAACAAAAAACACAAGUGGAGAUCUUUCUGUUUGUUGAGGAGGACCACUCCCUUGUCUAUGUGAAAACCAUAAAGCAUGAAUUCCUUCACAGUGUGAAUGACAUUGUGGCUGUGGGAGUGGAGAGCUUCUAUGCCACCAACGAUCACUAUUUCAGUGGAGGCACUCUGAAUACUCUGGAGGUACUUCUGGCUCAGCCCUGGUCUAACGUUGUGUAUUACAGCCCAGAAGAGGUCAAAGUAGUGGCUGAGGGAUUCUACAUGGCCAAUGGCAUCAACAUCUCACCUGACAAAAGGCACAUAUAUGUGGCUGACUUAUUUGACCACAACAUACAUGUUUUGGAGCGACUGGAAAGCAAUGGUUUGGCCCCAGUGAAGGUCGUGGAAGUGGGCUCUCUUGUUGACAACAUUUAUGUUGACCCUGAGACUGGCGACUUGUGGAUAGGUUGUCACCCUAAUGGCUGGAAACUAUUUCGAAAUGAUCCUGAGGAUCUUCCUGGAUCUGAGGUGAUUCAGAUUAAAGACAUCCACUCUGAGAAGCCAGUGGUGACCCAGGUCUAUGCUGAUGAUGGCAGUGUGCUCAUAGGAUCCUCUGUAGCAGCUCCCUAUGGAGGAAAGCUUCUCAUUGGAACAAUCUACCAGAAAGCCUUGGUCUGUGAUCUAGCCAAGGUAGAGCAGUAGCCAAUGCUCUAUGUAGAAAACAGGCUUCCGACGUGGGUUGUGAUCGGAAGAGUGCAAGUAUGCAACAUACUGAAUGUUGCAGAUGGAAAUGCAAUGAAUAGAGUUAACAAGAUUCCUUACUCUAUAUGACAGGGAGGGAUGUCUGUUCUACAUAAUAUACAGUGGGGCAAAAAAAUAUUUAGUCAGCCACCAAUUGUGCAAGUUCUCCCACUUAAAAAGAUGAGAGAGGCCUGUAAUUUUCAUCAUAGGUACACUUCAACU